UUUAUUGAAAAUGUUGCUAAAAAUAAAAUAAAAAAUGGAUAAGGAGAAAUAUGAAAAAAAAGACAAUGGAUGGAGUGAGUGUAUGUUUGCAGACGUGGGUAUUUGUCGGAUACGGAACAAACAAAACAAAUGAAAUUUCAGAUAUUAUUUUUUGAGAAGAAACCAUAGAAGACGAAGACGUUGAAGAGUGAGUGUUGUUGAAUUAGAAGAAUAAAAAUAAAAAUAAAAAUAAAAAUCGAUGGAGAGUGGAAGAAGAGUAGUAAAGUAUGGAAUAAUAGGAGUUGGAAUGAUGGGAAGGGAACAUCUCAUUAAUUUGUAUCAUCUUCGCAGUGAAGCUGUUGCUGUGGUUGCCAUUGCUGACCCUCACCUUCCUUCUCAACAACUCGCUCUCAAUUUAGCACAAUCCUUUCAUUGGCCUCUUAAGGUUUUCUCAGGUCACCAAGAGUUGUUGGACAGUGGACUAUGUGAUGUUUUAGUGGUAUCUACUCCUAACAUGACACAUUACACCAUUCUUAUGGACAUAAUCAAUCACUCCAAACCUCAUCAUGUAUUGGUAGAAAAACCACUCUGCACCACUGUUUCUCAUUGCAAACAGGUUGUCUGUGCUGCUCGGAAGAGACCGGAUAUAUUGGUGCAGGUUGGACUGGAAUAUAGAUACAUGCCACCUGUUGCAAAACUGAUAGAAAUAGUGAAGGGAGGAAGCCUUGGACAUGUUAGAAUGGUAGCGAUUCGGGAGCACCGGUUUCCUUUCUUGGUUAAGGUGAACAAUUGGAAUCGGUUCAAUGUUAACUCAGGGGGAACUCUGGUAGAGAAAUGUUGCCACUUUUUCGAUCUCAUGAGACUCUUUGCUGGUGCAAAUCCUGUUCGCGUCAUGGCUUCUGGUGCUAUUGAUGUUAAUCACAAGGAUGAAAUAUAUGAUGGAAAGGUGCCAGAUAUUAUUGACAAUGCAUAUGUUAUAGUUGAAUUUGACAACGGUUCUCGAGGUAUGCUUGACCUUUGUAUGUUCGCUGAAGGGAGUAAAAAUGAACAAGAAAUAUCUGUUGUUGGUGAUAUUGGAAAGGGAGAGGCCUUUGUUCCCGAGAGUGUUGUCCUGUUUGGAACACGCGAGGCAGGACGAGAUGGUGUCCAGAGUUUGAAAGCUGAAGAUCCUCGGAUAAAAUAUGACGGGUUACACCAUGGGUCUAGCUAUCUUGAACAUCUUAACUUCUUGGGUGCAAUUAGAGAUAAAGGUGAAAAGGCUCUUGCUGUGGAUCUUCAAGAUGGAUUAAUAUCUGUUGCUAUUGGAGUUGCAGCACAACUUUCCAUAGAAAAUGGUCGAUUUGUUACUAUUGAGGAAGUUAUGGAUGUGCUUGAAGUUUGAGGAUGUUUGAACUCUCUCUAUUGUGUUAUUUGAUAUAGCCAUAUAUAUAGGGAUGCUAUCUUUGUUAUCACUGCCCUACUUAAUAGAACAAGUAAUAAGUAGUUUGUCAAAUUUACAUUUCUUCCACCUAAAUCUUAGUCCAUCAAUAAUUGCAAAAAUAUCAAUUUUCAUAUUCUUUUC